CAGCGCUUAAAUAUUGGUACCAUCUAUUACGUGUACAAUCCCGAUUAUCCUAACCCUUCCAAAGGUCGACAGUUUUGCAAGUGGAUUGCGGAGAGUGAUUAUGGAGUAAAACUAACGUGCAAAAUUUUCGAUAUACCGAAUCCUACGACGAGUUGCUUCUACAACAGGUUGAUCGUACACGUGAAUAAAUCGACGGCUUUUUCUUAUUGUGGCAACGACACGUUCAGCAUAGAAUCGGCAGGAAAAUUCAUGACUGUUGAAUUGUCGACCACGUUCUGGUCGUCCGGAGUCAAAUUUCUGUGCGAACUGCAAGCUGUUGAAGCUGAUGAACAGGAUUCUGAUUGCAGAUGCGGAUGGAAAAAGCCAACGAAAAUAGUAGGAGGUAACGAAACCGGAGUGAACGAGUACCCCAUGAUGGCCGCUCUCGUCGAUCCUUACAGAAGAGAGAUAUUUUGCGGUGGAUCAAUCAUAUCUCCGAAACAUAUAUUAACUGCCGCACACUGCGUGACCGAGAGAAGCACAAACGACAUGGGCGUGCUUGUAGGAGACCACGACCUUACCACAGGCGCGGAAACAUCCGCUUCGAAAAUCUACACUGUAUCCGGCUUUAAAAUAUAUCCACUUUACAACACUUCAUCGUUGGAAAACGAUAUAGCUCUAGUAAUGGUGAAUUCCGUGAUAAACUUUAGCGAAGAAGUUGGACCAGCUUGUCUUCCGUUUCAACAUCGGUGGGAUUCUUUCGCGGGGAGUUAUGUGGAUUUACUAGGUUGGGGGACAACAGAAUUCGGAGGUAUGAAAUCAAAUACCUUGCAAAAAGUUAUGUUGAGCGUAAUCACGAACCGAGAUUGUCGCCGAUCUUAUCAAAACUUGACACACAGCCAGAUAUGCACUUACGGAGAGAAGAAGGAUGCCUGUCAGUUCGACAGCGGCGGCCCCGUCCUUUGGCAAAAUCCUACAACGCGGCGAGAAGUACUUGUAGGUGUCAUUAGUUUCGGCAUUGCUUGCGGCAAUAAUGUGCCAGGAGUCAAUACACGCACCAGCGAUUAUAUCGAUUGGAUCGUAGGUGAAACACCGGGUACCAGCUAUUGCAAAGCUGAAUAAAGAAAACGCACACGCACGUUAUCGUCACAAUAUAAAAUAAUCGCUUCUAAUUUAUUAUUUCUAGAAACCACAAUUCGCACAAUGUCACUUAUUUGAUAUGACAAUGUAAUCAC